GGGUUUUUAGGUGUAAUACGAGGCCAUUGCGUGCUAAGCUAUGAUAGAACGGAGUAUUAGGAAUAUUCAGGGGAUCUGGAAGGGUGAGACAUUUGAGUUGAAGAGUGGGUUAGUUUCUCAAUAUGCGCAUGAAAGAAAAGAGGCUAUUCAGAAGACUAUAGCAGCUAUGACACUUGGGAAGGAUAUGUCAGUGCUUUUUCCGGAUGUUUUAAAGAAUAUUGCAACGUCAGAUCUUGCUCAAAAGAAGCUGGUUUAUCUUUAUUUAAUGAACUAUGCAAAAUCACAUCCGGAUCUUUGUAUUCUUGCAGUUAAUACGUUUGUUCAGGAUUCGGAGGAUGCGAAUCCUUUGGUAAGGGCAUUGGCUAUUAGAACUAUGGGAUGUAUCCGUGUUGAGAAGAUUAUGGAUUAUUUAUUUGAGCCUUUGCGGAAAACACUUCGAGAUACAAGCCCAUAUGUUAGAAAAACGGCGGCUAUUUGUGUAGCAAAGUUGUUUGAUAUUAAUCCUGAAAUGGCGAUUGAAAAUGGGUUUUUAGAGAUUCUGCAAGAAUUGAUUAAUGAUACUAGUCCAAUGAUUGUAUCGAAUGCAAUUGCUGCAUUAUCAGAGAUUGCUGAGCUAUUGCCAGAAAUCCAGAUAACAAUUAUUACCUCUUCGAUAUUGCCAAGGAUUUUGACAAUAUUGAAUGAAUCUUCAGAAUGGGAACGUGUGGUAUUACUUGGGACUUUGGCGAAUUAUACUGCAGAAAAUAUAAAAGAAGCAGAAAAUAUAUGUGAACAUGUUAUUCCACAAUUUCAACAUGCAAAUGUGAGUGUUGUGAUGGCUGCUAUACGGGUUAUUAUGCGUAAUCUUCCAAUUAUUAAUAAAGAUAUGGCAAAACAGAUUAUGAGAAAAUUAACACCGUCUUUAGUUACGCUUGUAUCUUCGGUUCCUGAGGUUCAAUAUGUAGCCUUGAGGAAUAUUAAUCUUAUUCUCCAAGAGUAUCCUAAUAUUCUUGAUAAAGACAUUAAGGUUUUCUUUUGUAAAUAUAAUGAUCUAGAAUAUGUGAAGCUAGAGAAAUUGAAUAUUAUGAUAAAGCUCGCAAAUAAGCAAAAUAUUGAUCAGAUACUUUCGGAAUUGAAAGAAUAUGCAUCAGAAGCAGAUAUUGAUUUUGUUAGACACACUAUUAAGGUUAUUGGACAAUGCGCCAUAAAAAUUGAGGAAGGAGUAGAUCGAUGUGUUAAUUUGCUUUUAGAUCUUAUUAACACAAAGAUAAAUUAUGUGGCUCAAGAAGUCGUUGUAGUUAUUAAGGAUAUUUUUCGGAAAUAUCCACAUAAAUAUGAUGGAAUUAUGCCUAUCAUUUGUGAAAAUAUGUCUUUGUAUGAUGAACCUAAUGCAAAAAAUUCUUUUAUUUGGAUCAUUGGUGAAUAUAGUGAAAAAAUUAGCGAUUCUCGAAACAUUUUACUUUCAUAUAUUAAUUGCUUUAAGGAUGAAGAUACACAGACGCAAUUACAACUUUUGACCGCCGCUAUGAAGUUAUUUCUAAAAAAUCCUGAAAAUAAUCAAGAAAUUAUACAAAAAGUUUUCAAAAUAGUAGAAUCAGAAUGUGAUAUCCCUGAUAUGCGUGACCGUGCUUAUAUUUAUUGGCGUUUGCUUUCAAAAGAUAUUAAAAUAGCAAAAGAGAUAGUAUUGCAAAGCAAUGUGCCUGUUUUUGAAAAAAACUUCCCUCCUGAGUUAUUAAAAGAAUUGAUAUGCGAAUUCUCAACACUUGCAUCUGUUUUUUAUAAAUUAAUCCCUGCAGAUGUAAAAUUAGACAAAGAUGGGAAAGAUUUAAUGAAACAAAAAGCAAUCGAGGAAUAUAUGCAAAUAAACAACAUGACUCAUGCCAAUUCUAAAAGAAAUAUAGAAACCCUUUUAGACAUUGAUUUUGAUACAGAAAAUACAAUCAAGCCAACUAAUGAAUCUUGUGAUUUUGAAUCUGGCUCUUAUAUGUCUAAUUCCAUGAAAGUUUCAAAUGUAGAUGAUCUUUUAAAUGCUUUUGAUUCAAACCAAGAAAAACAAACGGAUUUAUUAAACGCAGAUAUGCUAAAAUUCUUAUAAUAAACAUUUUUCACUUAUGUUAUUAAAUACGAAUGGAUUUCUUAU